AUGUUCGAUCCAGAAACGGGCCUUGCUGUGAACUCUCUUCGGUAUGUGUUUGAUAGUCUGUCUCAAUAUGGAGAUAUCAGCACCGAUCACAAAAGGCUGGCAGGUCUCGUGGGCAAUUUGUGGAACGGUAACACUUCUCAGCAGAGGCUUGUGGACUCUGAGUAUGCAGUCACGUUAUCGAUGUUUGAAAUCUACAACGACAACAUCAAAGAUCUGCUUAUGAACUCCACUACCAAAAAAACGAAAUCUUUCCUCGACAUCGUCACCGACCCUGUGGACCAGAAGCUGAAGCCUUAUAAUCUGUCUCAAUUCAUGGUGAGCGACUUUGAAAGCUCAAUCCGAACUUUGAACCGUGGGCUUUCGAAUCGGAAAACCUGCACUACCCAUAUCAACAGAGACUCCUCGAGAUCUCAUUGUUUUGUGUUUAUCAAUGUUGUUCGCAUCUCGGGUAAAAGUGUCAAUAGUUCCAGACUGACUCUCGCAGAUCUCGCUGGCCUGGAAAGAUCGAAGCUAUCUAUGACAAGCGGUCUGAAUUUGAGGGAGGGAGGCUUCACUAAUGCUUCACUUACGCAGCUUGGAAGAUGCUUG